GCGGCCUGUAACACACUAGCAAUCCAAGCAAAAGUGCGCGCUGCUGCGGCGUUCAGGCCUUAAAACUACAAUUUGUAAGGCCAGUGCUUGCCUCUGACCUUCCCGCAGCCCAAUUGCCGCUGCCGCUGAACGCAGCAGGGCGUAACGCACCCUCCUGUUUCAAAAGCCCUUUGAACACCGAGGACCGCGCACCGCGUUACGAGUACAAAAAUGCCGCUCAACGCGAGGGCCCAGUCCCACGCAUCCACAAGACGCAGUUCCACGCGACCAAGGGUCACGAUGGCGCCGUCCGUCACGCCGCGCCGCGCGACCACCACGCCCCUCUCUUCAUCCACCUUCACUCCUUUGAAAGAACGAAGUACAACUUUCAGCGCCUCGAAGCACAAGUGGUCCGCCCGCGCGUCGAAUCGCCACAAUCGUGGACUCACUCCUUCCUCCACGAGACCGAGGAAAGCCCGGGAACCGCGACCGGUCGGGGACAAGCUCUACGUGAAACAAUCUGUAGAAAGACUAGCGGAAUUCCUGAGAGAAGAAGGCUUCGCCGGGGCCUGCACGACGCAAGCGCUGGCGAGACCCACGGGCCGCGACUUCGAAGACGCCGCGACGUUCUUACUACGCCUCUUGGACGACAGCUGGCGCCGCGACUCGCAGAAGAAGUUCGACGACGAGUUCGUCGACGUCUUCAAGAAAUUAAGGUAUCCCUUUCCCAUCUCGCGGACGGCUCUUGCUGCAGUGGGAACUGCGCACACCUGGCCGCCGUUGCUCGCAGCGUUGUUGUGGCUCGUGGACCUCAUCGAGCACGACCGCCGCCACGUUUCGAAAAGGGAGGAGGGCAACGUCGCCGUGCAGCUCGAACACCAGGGCGCGGACCGCGUUUUUUACGAGUACGCUUCGGACGCGUAUGCCUUGUUCCUCGCCGGCGACGACGCCGCCGGCGAAGCCUUGAACGCUAGAUUGGAGGAGGCCUUCCGCCAGCGCUGCGCCGACGCGGCUAGUGAAAGGGAGACGUCGCUCUCCAGAAGGGACGCGGCACUCGCAAAAAUCGCCUCGUUGAAGGACGCGGCGGCGUCUCUUUCUAAAGCUAUUGAUGGUCGAUCAAAGGCCGAAGCUUUAUGUGAUAAGGCGGCGCGCGACGCCGACGAGGCCGAGCGUAGUUUAGCACAUGCCGACUCGACGCUGGCCGAGCGGUCGGCGGCCGCCGCGGCUGCCCGGGAGGACGCUAGGAGAGCCCAGGCGAACGUCGCGGCGACGCGCGAGGCCGCGUCGAAGGCGCGCCGCGACGCUCCUAUGGUAGAGCGUUUGUUGCGGGAGGCAGCGCGCCUUGAGGACGACCUGGCGAGAAGAAGGCGGCAGCGACGGGCCUCGGCGGAGUUCAAGGAGCUUAGUAAGGCCGAGGCGGACGGGCGAAAUCACGCCUCCCAGUGUCGGGCCGCCGCGGAAACGUAUGAGCGGGCGGCGCGGCGCCUGCAACUCGUACCUUCUUCGGCAAAAAACGCCGAAGGGACGAACUACAGGCUGGACCUGGGUGUCGCGGACGCCGACGCCCUCGAACAGGCGUCCGAGGUCGCUUCGUCGAUAAUCGCGCCGAAGCUCGACGAGUUGAAGGAAGCAGUAGCAAAGAGAGGCGAGGACGUCAAGCUAGCUCUCGCGAGCGCUAGGCUCCAGUCCUCAUCCCUACAAGCCGACGCCGAGGCCCGGAAAUCGAGGUUGCGAGGCGUCGUCGACGACAUAAAACGCCUCGAGGAGCGGUUAGCGAGGGAUAGGGAUCGGGCCGACGCGGCGCGUCUACAAGCGGGCCGCGACGAGGACGCAUUGAGUGCGGAGGCCGACGCGGCGCGCUCGAGGGCGGCGCGGGACGCGGACGACCUCGACGCGCUCGCGCGGCGCCUCGACGGCUCCGAGGAGCAAAGUAAAGCGGAGGCGGCGGCGCGGUUUGAGAGGAGGCGCGCGCGGCGGGCGGAGCUUGAACGAGCAUUGGACGGCGCCGAGGCCAUCGCGCGGCGGCGGUUGGCCAUGAACGCGGAGCUGCGGGCGUCCAUCCAUCCGCCGCCGCCGCCGUUCCGCGGGGAGGUCGUGGAGGCGCUCUGAUCCAUGGCCUAAGCUUGUCUGACAAUA